AUGCCUCUCGGCGAGCAUCACAUCCGCUUACCUCCACAUUCCUUAGCUAGAAAGUCAAUCAGGCGCCGAGACACAUGUCCACCUCGCUCUAGUAACCCUCCGUGUACAACCGCGCUCAUCAUGGCAAACAAGCGUCUCAUCAUCGUCGGCAUCGGUGGCGCCAGCUGCUCCGGCAAAACCCUGCUCGCGAAGCACAUCCAACGCGCCCUCCCCACCCACUCCCAUAUCUUGCAUCAGGACGACUUUGCGCCCCGCGAAGAAGACAUCCCUUACUCACCCAAAUACGGCGUACGUGAUUGGGAUGAUCCCUCCACAGCGAUACUAUGGCCUGCAUUUCGGGCUGCACUACAACAUGCCCGCAAGACCGGCGAACUUCCUCCUGGUCAUACCGGACACGACCAGCUCAAUACUCAGGCCUCGGUCGGAAUAGAUCCGGAAGUCGGUAGGAGGUGGAAAGAGAAAUUUACGCAGGCCGCAGCUGAGGCGGCGAAGAGGGGAGAGGAGAUCGUUUGGUUCAUCGUCGACGGGUUCAUCUUGUAUUGGGACAAGGAGGUGGUGUCGCAGCUGGACGUGAACGUCUUCUUGCGAGUACCGUAUGACGUACUGAAGCAGAGACGGGAAGAUCGGCGGACAUAUCACCUGCAUGAUGGUGACGUAUGGACCGAUCCCCCACAGUACUUUGAGCACAUAGUGUGGCCAGCCUACAUCAAGGCUCACGAGCACCUCUUCUCCGACGGCGAUGUCGACGAAGGACAGGUGAAGCCGGAAGAAAAUCUCCUCGCGCUGACCCCGGGUGACGGUGAGGCAGAGAUGACUCGAGCUUUUGAAGCGAGCUGCGAAGCCAUGAUAGCGGCGCUGAGAGCUGGGAAGGGACGGGUCAUGUAG